AUGUUGGCUUCAAUAAUUCUGGUGUCUACCAGAGGUGUACGGUCGCUCAAUCCUUAUUACUUCCGACCACCUUGGCCGAUAUUUUCGAAGGCCCAAGGAUGGCGAAAACGGGGCCCCACAAUACAUGAGCGUUAUCAGCUUCCUGGACAAGAUCGUGAGUUUCCCGAAUUGUCGCCGAAGUUCAAGAAACAAAAUCCGAAGGAACUAUAUAACUAUACUGGCGUUCAAGAUGUCGGUUUUGUUGACCCAGUCACUGAAGAAUUUGUUCAUGUUGAAGAAAUGUACCCAGAAUUAGUUGUACCGGAUUUACGAGGAUUUCAGUUGUGUCCCUACGUGUCAUAUCGGACCGACUUUGAGAUUGAAAAGAGGAGAAAAAAGUUUGAAAAAUUGGCAGCUAAGUACGGUAGUGAGGAGGGUGCCGACUCCGUGGUAUUUGAAGGUGAGAAAUGGCCCCCACCGAAAACGACACCGCGCUUUUUGUUUGAUAUGCAUUAUGCGCCAUUAAUAAGGCAGAUGUAUAAUGAUGGAGAGUAUUUUAUGGAUGCCGAAGUAAAGAAAGAGACCGACGCAGAUAAGCCCAAUUUUUAA